GUCCCACAUGUGCUCCGGCGUGCGUCAGUUGGCCUUUGUAGGAUGAGCAGUCACGGCGAGUGCGGGCGCUACCACCGCUACAAGGCGGCGACCAACGCCGUCCUCGAAUGGGCGCGUCGCGCGACCAAGCCCAAGACUAAGAACGCCAAGAAGAAGGCCAAGAAGCACGGCGGUCGGUCGGCCGACGUCACCGAGUGGUCGGUCUCGCAGAUCUAUGCGGCCGCGCUCGAGGUUGUCGAGGCCGCCUUGCCCGUGCCCGCUGCCAUCAUGCGCCAGCUUGCAAACAGUAUUCGACUUCGGUACCAAGCCAUUUGCAAGUUGCCGCCCGACCAGGGCCACAAGCACAUGCUCGACAUUCUGCGGGCCAUUGAGCUUCAAUGGACGCCACUCGUGGUCGCGCCGACCGGCGCAUCGAAGCCACCAGCGUCCGACACGAUGAGCGGCGACGUCGACAUUGUCAACGCCUUCGAAGCGCUCGCCACCGACGACAACGACGAUGACGACGAUGCAGAUAUGUGGGCGAGAUUGAACGCGACGAACACGCCGCUGCCGCCGUUCGAUAUGGCGGCGUUCGUCGCGCCGGUCGACGCUAUGGACGCGGAGCGCGCCGCACUGGAAGCCCGCCUCGAGGACGAGAAGUUUCAAAUCCUCUGCUUCCUCCUCGACGUCGACGACAUGAACCGCGAGGUCAUGCUGGCGUGGGGUAUGUUCAAGGGCGGGCACAUGAGCUUGAUGGCGGCGACGGCGGUCACGAACGCCUGCGUGCACGCUGUCCAAGUCCUCGGGAACGACAUGAUCUUCGCGCAUCCGCACCUCAAGGACCUUGACCACAUGAUGGCGCUUCUCGUCUGCGACCAAGUGCUCGUGGACCUCGUCGCCGACGCGAAGAAUGGCGUGUCGUUGAAGACAGCCGUCGAGCUGGUCGUUGUCGCCAAAAGGGCCAUGGUGCAGCGGCUCCGGCCGGCGGCCGAGCGCACGAUCGCCCAGCGCCUCAAGGUGCCGACGGUCGUUGCGUCCCGAGUGAUCGAUAUCGUGCACCUGCACUUUGCCCAGUCGGAUGCGUGGAGUCUUGACUGGACGUCGUCGCUCGGGAACAAAAACGGGUUCAUCAGCCUCCAGCACGCGCUCUUUAGCUUUCUCGAGGUCAUUACGCCCGGCCACCGCAUGAUGUGCCGCCCCGGGACCUUUGGCCCGGACUGGGACGAGCGUCGCCAACCUGCCGCGUCGCCCAUGGACCUGUACCAGACGUUUUUUGCCAACAUAUUGCCGGCGCUUGUCCUUCAUGUGCGGGACACGAGCCUUUUCAAGCUCGAGUACGAAGCCACGAUGAAGCCGCUGCUCGUGCUCAUCAAGGCGUACGUCAAGUCCAAGGAAGUGCCUGUCGCGCUCGUCUUUGCGUGCCAGUCGGUGCUCUGGAGUCUCUUCUUCACCCAAAGCAGCGCGCAGGAUGGCAUGUCCUGUGCCAAGGUCGUCGACGACACGCGCAGCACGCUCGCUCGUGUCACGCGCCAAAUGCAGGCGCUUCGAGACAACAAAGACGGCAUCCUCGUGCCGCCGCCGACCAAGAAGAACGUCGAGGCCGCGCUCGGCUGGCUCACAAACCUCCGCAUCGCGACUUCGGCCGACAAGUACUUUACCCAAAUGGAAGUCGACCGUGCGUGGUUCAACCCGUACAUGGCCGGCCAGAUUUUCCUCACGCUCACAAUGGAGAUCGGCUUCUCCAUGGGCCUCGCGACGAUGGAUGACAUUGGCCAGACGCGCAUGGUCCUCCACCUCUACAACGCGCUCCGCGUCCUCGACAAGGUCCCGCCGAACGAGGACCUUGACAACUUGGCGACCAUGUUUGAGCGCGGCAAGUCGAUCUGGGUUGGUGGUCGUCCGACGGCCCGUGGUGACUUUGCAAAAGCCCAUUUGCUGGCGUGGGGGUAUGACGCCACGACAGCAGCGGCGUUGGCCGCCAACCUUCGCCACGACGCCGACGACUUUGUCGCCAAAGCCAUGCUGCGCGACAAGCUCGACCACCGCAGCGAAGCGCAAAAGAAGAAAAUCAAGCGCGGCGACCACGCGCGGAAGCUCCAAGCGACCGAGCCGGCGCCCGUGAGCAAGGCGUACCGGUACGUGGCGCACCUGACAGCGCCCGUGGCGGACGAGAAGCGCGAUUGGACCCACCUGCCACGGCUCAUGGACAUUCUGGACGUGAUCCACAGCGACGUCAAUACGUUUUUGUACUUCAACCUCAACACGGUCGGCCAGCUCUUUCGAGACGCGUGGAAGGAGAUGGUGACGCUCGGGGGCUUCAAGGGCAACAAGCUCGUGCCCGAACGCGGAAUCACGGACGGCCCGUGGCGUGAGACGGACGCCAACAUUCGCCUCCACAACGAAAACCUCUACUUUGAGACGCUUCUCGGGCUCUGCGACCGCGACCCGGACAAUGAACGUCUCUUGAUGGCCGCUGUCGUCGUGAUGCACGCGGCCGACCGCAUGCCGGAAGCCUACCUCGAGGCGCCGGUCGUCACACCGUAGGCUUGUUGGAACUGCCACGUCGUCCAAGCACAGUAUGUAGGCAUGUAUUUAAUGUGAAAGCCAUAUACCCUAACCGACUAGACUAUGAGGAAUCCUAGGCAUGUAUAUAACGUGUCCUAACGUGUUGCAGUGCCUGACUGUCCAAGUUGAAUGCGAUGGCGCCACCAUCGAGCCAA